AUGUCAGUAUACAGAAUUAUUGAUACUAUACUAUAUAUUACUCUAACUUUGACACAUAUUAUUAAAUGUUGGUAUAAUGAUAGUAUUAAUAUUACCAAAAUUCUAAUCCUAGCCUUCAUCUUGAUUUUUCCUAUAUACUUGGUAUAUCAAGAACUAAGAUUACAAUUUUUAAUAUUCAAGGAUUUUCAACUAGUUGCAAAUCUAACAUUUCCACUCUUCCUAUCAACCAUAUUUAGAGGAAUAACAUUUAGGUAUACUCAAAUUAUACAGAGUUACAUCUUGAUAGUGAUGAUACUAAGUACUUUGAUAUACUUGGAUUAUAAAAAAAGAAAUGUUGGAGUCUAUUUUAACCAGUAUUGGGCAUUAUCAUUUUUUUCAAUUGUAUGUUUUAUUAUUAGUUCAACUAAAAUUCAAUCAUUUCAGUUACUUCUAAUUUUAUUAUUUUCAGUGAAAUACUAUAUUUUACUACUGAAAUUUCUAUCCUUAGAAAGUAGGGAUAAUGAAAAGCAAUUUUGCAAUUUCGGAGAAUUAAACUUGGCUUCUCAAUUUAUUGGUUUUAUAUUAAUGAUAUCUCUUAUUAUAUUUAAAGAGUCCUUUAGUACACCAAAUAUUCCAAUAUGUUCCUUGUGCUUUGCUUGUAUGAGUAUUUUUAGCACUUUAGUAUUACCAUUUUAUCUGUAUUUCUAUUUUCAGAUAACAGGUGAUAAUGGUAGACAAGAUAACGGAACAGUAUUAAAUAUAUUAUAUAUAUUUCGGUUAUUCACCUUUAUUAUUGGACUAGUCGUUACGGUCAUUGUUUUUUUACCUUAUAUAUCUACUAAUAUACUUUUAUACAUGGUUAAUAACAUACUAUAUUCUGCAAUAACUAGACUUCUUAUUUUAUACUGGUUAACUAUUUUGGUUUUACUUUUGGUUUCAUUAAAUUUAAUUACUAGUAUAUAUUUAGAAAAAGAUGAGAUAAUGAGAAUUAUUAUUAGAAAAUUUUUUCAUUUAGUGACUAUUACAAUACUCCUACCUCCUUUAUUACUUUGCAACAAUUUCCAAGAAAAUUAUAAUAUUCGCUCAAUUUUGAGUUUUAUCUUUACUAGUACCUUUGCAGUUAUAAGUAUUUUUGUAUAUAUUGAAAUAAUUCGGAAAUCCAAUAUGUGUAACCGUUUUACUAAUCUGACUAACUUUUUACUCUUACCAUUUAUUGAUGAGAAAGAUAGUAUGAAUGGAUUUAUAUUAACUCAUACAUAUUUGCUAUUUGGAUUAUAUUUUCCAAUAAUGAAUGAAUAUUUCCACUUUUUAACAGCGCAUAAAUUUGAUCUUGUUGCUGCUUGUAUUGGGUUAGCAACUACUGGUAUUGGGGAUGCCUUUUCUGCUAUGCUUGGAGUUCUUUAUGGCAAUAAGAAAUUACCUGGCAAUGAAAAAAAAACAUAUAUUGGUUUUUUGUCAUUUUUUGUCUCUUGUUUAUUAUUUUUACUCUUUAUUUACAAUAUCUCAUAUCCACAUUUUAGUACUCCUAUUAAACUUGUGUUACUGGCUUGGAAUUGCUCUUUGCUUGAAGCCUAUACAAGACAUAUUGACAAUGCUAUAGUUCCAAUAUAUGCGUUAACUUUAUAUCUCAAUUUGAAUUUAUAG